CUCUCCUCCAUCCUGUCCAACCCUUGAGCUUUUUUCCCCACCCCAGCCCAAAAGGGAAUAUUCAGCGAGGCCGGCUUCCACUCAACGCCUGUGUGGAACGACACGCCUCGGCUACACGAAGCAGAAACGAGCGAGACACGCCGAUGAUAUAUUAGCGGAUGUUUGAAGGACAAUGUGAAAAUUUGCGGCGCUGUUGCUGGAGAGCUAAACUACGAGCGGGGAAGGAAAGAUGGCGAGGAGGCGCAUCAGCAGCCUCCUCACUUCGCUUCUGCUGGGACUUUUCCUCCUCCAUGUGUCGGUGAAAGGAGUGCAACAACAGGAGCAACGGCAAGAAGAGGAGGAGCGGUCCUGUCAGGGCGCCUUCGACCUCUACUUUGUCCUCGACAAAUCAGGAAGUGUAAAGCAUCACUGGAUCGAGAUUUACUCGUUUGUGGAGCAGCUGGCAGAGAAAUUUAUCAGCCCCAUGUUGAGAAUGUCCUUUAUAGUCUUCUCGACGCAUGGCAAAAUCAUCAUGAAGUUAACUGAGAACAGGGAAGCCAUCACUGGAGGGCUCAGAGCUCUAAAAAGUGUGAUUGCAGGAGGAGACACAUUUAUGAACCUUGGCCUGGAGAUGGCAAAUGCACAGAUUUAUCAAGAGAAUCAAGGGACAGCCAGCGUUAUCAUUGCAUUGACUGAUGGGGAAUUGAACGAGUGGCAGUUUGACACGGCUCAACGUGAGGCUCAGAGGGCCAGGUCUAUGGGAGCAAUUGUGUACUGUGUCGGGGUCAAAGAAUUUAACCAGACCCAGCUUGCAACCAUUGCGGACACCAUGGAACAUGUGUUUCCUGUGUGGGGGGGCUUCCAAGCCCUCAGGGGAAUCAUUGACUCGAUCAUCAAGAAGUCCUGCAUUGAGAUUCUCGCAGCUGAGCCAUCCAAUGUGUGUGCAGGAGAGAGCUUUCAGGUUGUGGUGAGAGGAAAUGGCUUUCUACAUGCCAGAAAUAUUGACCAGGUCCUCUGCAGCUUCAAAUUAAAUGACACACACACUCUAGAUGAAAGACCAGCUGGGAUAGAGGAUACAUUCCUUCUCUGUCCUGCUCCUGUUAUUGAAGAAGCAGGGAGGGUGAUCUACCUUCAGGUGAGCAUGAAUGAAGGCCUAUCCUACAUCACCAGUUCAGUUCACAUCACAACAACUGAAUGUUUUGACGGAACUAUUGUGCUGAUUUCUUUGCUGGUGGUUUUCUUGCUGUUGGCCCUGCUACUCAUGUGGUGGUUUUGGCCUCUCUGCUGCACUGUGGUCAUCAAAGAACCGCCACCUCCACCUCCUCCUGAGCCUGAAUCGGACGAUGAAGAUGGGAUGCCCAAGAAAAGGUGGCCCACAGUGGACGCAUCUUACUACGGAGGACGAGGAGUUGGGGGCAUCAAACGAAUGGAGGUGCGCUGGGGGGAAAAAGGCUCCACCGAGGAGGGCGCCAAGCUGGACAAACCAAAAAACGCUGUCGUCAAAAUGCCAGAGCAAGAAUUUGAGCCUUUUGAGCCCAAACCUCGCAAAGCUAACCGCAGACCCACCCAGCAGAGGAGGUGGUACACACCUAUUCAGGGUAAGCUGGAUGCCCUGUGGGCUCUCUUGAGAAGAGGCUACGACCAAGUCUCUUUGAUGAGGCCUCAGCCUGGAGAUCAGGGGCGCUGCAUACGCUUCCACAGAGUCAGAGAAGGAGUGUCAGCCACAUACACCCACGCCGUGCCCUCUACGCCCGCUCCCACCGCUUCCCUUCCUCCUGCGCCUGCCGAGCAACGACCCCUCGUCUCCAACUCUGUCCCGCGCACCAAGCCCCCGUCCAGAGGGCCCCGCACCACGCCUCCGUCACGCACGCUCCCUCCCGGACCGCCCCCGUCCCGCGCGCCCCCAGGCCCCCCGCCUUCCAGACCCCCUCCCAGGCUGUGAUGACGAAGAUAAUACAUGUGCUCCCUCUUAUGCAAGCUUAAGGGCCUUGUUGCUGGACAGCAAAAGCAUACUAUAUUUAUCCUCACAUGCAAACCAGCCAGCCUUUUUGUUACUUCAGUACUCACAUGGUGACUAAUAGGAAGAAGAGCAUGUUAGAUUUUAGAUCGGUGGUGAACGCGUAUUACUUUUAGGACAAUCCCAUGGCACAUACAGACAACCACUAACAGCUAAAAGUAUAGUGAACCUAACGUGCAUGUUUUUAGAAUGUGGGAGUUGAACUGAGAAUCUCUGAGCUAUGGGACAGAUGUGCAAACCACUAAGCAAUCACGCUUGAUUGUUGCAUCAUUUUUUUAUUCUCACAUAGGAAAAAGGCUUGCCACCUCCGAGCUGCGUAGAAUGUUCUGUGUCAUUUUUUGCUGGGUGUUAUUAAAUGAGAUUUUCAUUUUAAAAAAAUUUAAAACAAAAAAAAAAAAAAAUACAAUAUAAGCGCAUUAAAGUUUUUUUUUUUUCCUUCAAUGUAGACUACCCUUAAAGUUGUCCUUUUACAUUUCACAACCUGCUAAAACCUAAAUUGCAACUGCAGGGCAGUUUCUACAGAUUGUAUUUAUUUUAUUAGCCAAGGAUGAGUCCAACACUACGGUUUUACUUUUUGAAGCAAUGGCAAGGUAUUUUUAUUUAAAAAGUUAUUUUCAUUAUAUUAUACAGUGGUACCUCUACUUACGAAAUUAAUUGGUUCUGGAAGUAGUUUUGCAAUUUAAAUUUCUGUGAAUAGACACAUUUUUCCAUGUCCAUAUUCCCCUAAUCCAUUUCAAGCCCCCAGAAUUGAGACAUACUGUGGUAUGAAAAAGUAUCUGAACCUUUUGGAAUUUCUUACAUUUUUGCAUAAAAUCACCAUCAAAUGUGAUCUUUGUCAAAAUCACACAGAAUUCAAAACAGUGUCUGCCUUAACUAAAACCACCCAAACAUGUAUAGGUUUUCAUAAUUUAAUGAGGAUGGCAUGCAAACAAUGACAGAAGGGGGGAAAAAUAUGUAAACCCUCUGCUUAAGGAGACUUAAAAUGUUUGGUAAAAAUUGGUUUCAAUUGCUCAAUAAGUCAGGUGUGUGCCCAAUCACGAAUGAGUGGUUUAAAACUGCCCUGCCCACUAUAAAAAAAACACCUGGUACGAAUUGUCUUGAUGAGCAGCAGUCUGAUGGGCAUCAUGGCUCUGUCAAAAAAUAUGUCUGAAGACCUGCGAUCAAGGAUUGUCGGCAGUAAGAGAGUUUGUCUACAAAUGGAGAGUUUGGCACUGUUGCUUCUUUCCCAAGCAGUGGCCAUCCACCAAAGAUGCCAAGAGUUCAGUGCAGAAUACUCAGAGAGGUAAAAAAGAACCCUAGAUUGUCUGCUAAAGACUUACAGAAAUCACUGGCACAGUCCAAUAUGUCUCUGCUUACAUCAACUAUAUGCAAAACUAUGGCCAAGAAUGGUGUUCUUGGGAGGAAGCCACUGCUGUCUAAAAAAAAAUUGUUGCUUGUUUAAUGUUUGCAAAAAGGCACUUGGACACUCCACAGACGUUUUGGCAAAAUAUUUUGUGGACUAAUGAAACCAAAGUUGAAUUUUUGGGGAGUAACACAACAACGUGUGGAGGAAAAAUGGAACAGCUCACCAACAUCAACACCUCAUCGUCACAGUGAAGCACGGUGGAGGGAGCUUAUUAAUUUAGGGCUGCUUGGCUGCCUCAGGGCCUGGACAACUUCCAAUCAUUAAUGGAAGAAGGAAUUCAAAAGUUUAUCAGGAUGUUUUCCAGGCAGGAAAACCUGAGGCCGUCUGUCAGACAUUUGAAGCUUAAAAGGGGAUGGAUGCUGCAACAAGACAAUGAUCCAUAACACAGAAGUAGAUCAACUUCAGAAUGGUUUCAAAAGAACAAAAUACACGUUCUGGAGUGGCCAAGUCAAAGUUCAGAAUUGAACACCAUUGAGAUGCUGUGGCAUGACCUAAAGACAGCGAUUCAUGCCAGACAUCCCAGGAAUCAGAACUACAGCAGUUUUAUCGAGAAGAAUGAUCAGGACUAAUCUUGGGGGUGGGGGGGGGGCACAAAGUAUUAAAUGUGAUGGUUCUUAUUUUUCACCCUUCUGUCAUUGUUUGCAUACUAUCAUUAAAAUAUGAAAACCUAUAAAUGUUUGGGUUGUUUUAGUUAAGGCAGACACUUUUUUCAUCUGUGUGAUUUUUGACAUCACAUUUUGGUGAUUUUGUGCGGAAAUGUGAGAAAUUCCAAAAGGUUCAGAUAGUUUUUCAUACCACUGUAAAUCUUUUGUAAAGCAUCAAAACAUGUAACAAAUACAUGUUACAAUUAGAUUGUUAAACAAUAAACAAAUCACACUUGUGCACCAUGUAAAAAACACAAGAGGGGCGAAUGGACACAGACACAGUACAGGUCCCUCUUCGCCAAUGAACAGCAGAGCAGCUAUAUAUACGUUCAAUGAACUUGAAUUUGCCUUAAGGUAUCCUGAAAUUUCUUUGGUAACAGGCAAUAUUUUCCCAUUGAGGCGCGUCUUAACCGGAAAAUUCUCUAUGUAGAGAUGUUUGUAAGUAGAGGUACCACUGUAUAGAAAUAAAGCCCAUUAGACUGAUUUUCUGUUGUUUUUUAUUUUUUAACUCUAGUACCAAAGAUUCCCUUGUACCUUUCGUUUCAUUUACUGACUGAAAUAAUCACUCAGUUGCAUUAUUUCUGUAAUAACUUCAAUAAACUAUUUUUUUUAA